AUGACUAAGAAUACACCCAUUACACCUGAAAAUACAUUUUCCUUAGCCGGCAAACAGCUUAAGUUCGAUACUGCCAAAGAUAUCAACAGCUACUUGGACGAUUUGACCGCUCAAAAGGAUGUCGUCAAAAUCGACUUCAGCGGAAACACCAUUGGCGUUGAAGCUUCUGAAGCUUUGGCCAAUGCCCUUUUGAAACACAGUGAGACACUUGAAGAGAUCAACUUCUCUGACUUGUACACAGGUAGAUUGAACACUGAGAUUCCUCAGUCGUUGAACCACUUGUUGCCCGCAUUAUUGCAAUGCCCAAACUUGACCACCAUCAACUUGAGUGAUAAUGCCUUCGGCUUGCAAACUAUUGACCCAAUCGAGUCUUGGUUGGCCAAAGCUGUGUCCAUCGAACAUUUGAUCUUGUCCAACAACGGUAUGGGCCCUUUCGCUGGCGCAAGAAUUGGUAAAUCGUUGUUCAAAUUAGCUCAGCAAAAGAAGAAGUUGGGCAAGAAUUCGUUGAAGACUUUUAUUUGUGGUAGAAAUCGUUUGGAGAAUGGCUCUGUGAACUAUUUGGCUAUUGGAUUGAGGGCUCACAAAGACCUUGAAACUGUUAGAUUGUAUCAAAACGGUAUCAGACCAGCAGGUAUUUCCAAAUUGGUCUUACAAGGUUUGUCCCACAACUCUAAACUAAAGGUGCUUGAUUUGCAAGACAACACGAUCACCACGUCUGCUGCCAUUGGUUUGGCAAGUUCACUCACAGCUUGGCCGGAGUUGACUGAGUUGAACUUGAAUGACUGUUUAUUGAAGCCAAAGGGCUCUCUUUUGUUGGCUAAUCAUCUUUUAGAAGGAAAUGAGAGGCCAGCAUUCGAGAAAUUGAAGUUGCAAUACAACGAGUUGGAGGGUGAGGCUUUAGAGAAACUUGUGAAGGCCGUUCAGGAGAAGUUGCCGAGCUUGAAGCUCCUUGAAUUAAACGGUAAUCGUUUCGAAGAAGACUCUGAGCAUAUCGAUGCCAUCACAGCAAUGUUUGAGGAGAGAGGUAGUGGUGAACUCGAUGAAUUAGACGAUUUAGAGGAAAUUGACAGCGAAGAGGAAGAAGAUGAUGAUGACGAACAAGACCCUGCUGUUGAUGAAGAAUGUGAUUCCGACUUGGACCAGCUUGAAAAGGAGUUGGCAGGCAUCAGCGUCGAGGACUCAGAUAAAAAUGUCGACAGCCUCGCCGACGAGUUAGCAUCUACACAUAUCAAAAGCUGA